AUGAGGAAGUGAUGACAUACUAAGAAAGGGAAGUAGAUGCAGCGUCUCUUUAAAGAAGCACUACUGAAGAAACUCAGACAGUUAGGAGCGUGACAACGGGAGGACAGAGACGGAGAAUCACCAUGAACGAGCUCAAAUGGAUUCAAACUUCUUUACUUCUCACAGCGCUGCUUCAGUUUGCUGCAGCAGCAGCUGAAGUUAAAAGAGUCACAUUCAGAGUUGGAGAGGACGCCACGUUGUCUUGUGAAACUGUGAUACAAGGUCAACAGAAGUGUGAAUAUACGACAUGGCUCUUUGUUGAUUCAGGAAACAGAGAAGUAGUACAGCUGGUUGCACAUGGUCAGGUUAGAAACUCUGGAGUUAAAUCAGACAGACUGAGAGUUACAGAGGACUGUUCUCUGGUUAUAAAGAAGAUGACAGAGGAGGAUGCUGGACGUUAUGAGUGUCUACAGUACAUAUCAGGAAGAAGAACAGGCGAUGUGACUCGAGUUCAUCUCUCUGUUACCAAGAGCGACGACGCAAGAGAAACAACAAGACCACCAACAACAACAAGACCACCACCACCAACAACAGGUCAACACGGCGAUUGUACAGGUUCUUCUGAUCUGGACUUGGUCAUGUUGGCUCUGCGUGUGGCUGAACUCCUCCUGAUUACUGUGAUCACUGUUCUUCUCUUCAGAGCUCGAGGGAACCAGAGACCACCUGAUGACAUCACUGUGUAUUAUGAUGGAGAUGAAGGCUCAGUGAACUAUGAAAAUGUUGGAGAACCUUCUGCUUCUGUCAGACUCCACUGAUCAACAACUUCCACACAAACAUCCACUCAGCAGAUACAUUAAUCCACCGCUUUUAAUCAUUUCUAUAUUGUACUUUUGAGCAUAAAAACAUGGAUCCACAUUUUAUUUGAGGUACUAAGUGAGGAUUUGAUAAAUGUGCUGAUGUGGAAUAUGAAGUUGAUAUUUGUUACGGCCUCCUGAACCAAAAUUAUUAAACCAAGGCUCAAAACUCUGAGACCGAAAACAUACAAGGACGCCACAAAGAUUUAAAGUUCAACCCUAGCUUUAUUUAUUGUAAAUA